CAGGUGAAAAAAAAGGUAAGAAAACAAAGAAGGCUAAGGAGAUGGGGGUUUCCCAUAGACCACCACAAAACCUUGUGAUUAGAGAUAGAAGCCCGUCUCCACAUCUCCCACCACGCGGUGCUCCAUUGCCUCAUGAUCCCCUCAUGAACGACAUUGCAUAUAGUCUUUCACUUCCAUACAGCUUUGGUCGGCCCUAUAUGGCUCCACGCGAGGGCUUUACUGAGGCGCCUCCCCAGAGCCCCUCGAUGAUGUCCACACCAGGUUAUCCUACCCCACAGGGCUUCAGUCGGUAUACUUCCGGAUCUCAGCAGGCUACGCCUAGUGGUACUCCGACGACCACUCCUAGUCCGACUGCAUCACAUCAUUCUUCAUCAUCUAUUGAACAGUACAAUAUUACGGGUCCUGAAUUCCAGAAAGUAGUACUACGCCUCACACUCCUACCGCGAAUGACUUACAUGGAGGUUUAAGUGCUUCACAACUGGAAUCUUAUGAUUCAUUAGGGCAGCUGAUCAUCGAGCCUGCAGGAUACGGGUAUGAGUUUCCUUCUGCUAGAAGCGCUCCUAUGACCAGUUGCCUUUAUCAAAAGAUUAUGCUCUAAAUCAAUUCUAAGUGUUUAAUUUUUAUAUUUUUGGUAGUUGGUUACCAGACAAAGCUUCAAGACUCCUUACGAAUGAGAUAGAAAAACUAUUUGAAGACUCACCUACUUGGGGCCAGAUGUCACCAAAUCGCCAGAGACAGAUCUAUUAUGCAUUUAAGGAAAAAUGUGUCUGGCGCCCGGAACAUGAGACACAGCUAGCCCAAAACUUCAAGAAGAAAGCUCAGCGCUUACUAAGUGACAUGUUAGGAAGGGUUUGUGAAUCUAAUAAGAAGCCUAAGUGGAUCCUUCCUGGAAACUAUGCCAAGCUACUUCAUUACUGGGCAACUAAUGAAAGAUUCUUACAACUAAGUGACAUAGGGAAGAAGGCUAGAAAUUCGACAAAGGGUGGCUCCCUACACACUAGUGGGGCUACGAGCCAAGACGCCGUGAGGAGGAAGCUGGCAAGUCUACCUUAAGAGUACUUGUAGGAUUGUGAAUUUACUUUAUUUUCUUUAUGUCUAAUCAAUUGAUUCUUUUGUAGGAACUAAAACGGGGGACGCCAGUGCCUCAAGAUGAGGCGUUUAAGAUCACUCACGCGAAGAAGAAGAAGGCAAACACUAAUGAUCCAGACUAGUGGUGUGAGGAACGGGCUGAGCGGACCUACGUAAGCUUCCUUUUAUCUACUUCAUCUAGUUUGUAUAUGGAUUGAAGUAAACUGAAUAUGUAGUCACAUGUGAGAGAAAAUAUUUUCCAUUGCAUCAACUCCUAAUCACUGAGCAGUGGAUCUUCUUCUAUCACAGAAGUAGAGCAGCGGUAAGAUAAAUAAUGGAACUGUGUAAUCAAAGAAUGGCUAUGAGGCUUUAAAUCUAUAAGUACUAGUUCACAUCAUCUUGACAGUAUUUUAGUAGGAAAAUAUGCUUGUGUUGACAAUGGCUGGAAUCAUGAUAAUAAAGUGAAGAGUAAAAUUAGUAGUUAACAAAUAUUUUUUUAAAGUCAC